AUGGCACCUCGGCUGGUCCUACAAAACCACGGCCUGCGCGCCAUUCGAGUUCAACUCCACCCUAAAUUACCGCGGUUCCUCUCAUAUCUCCCCGCUUCCUCGUCGACGUCAUUGCGAUCGUGCCACCCGAGCUUCAAAUCCAAAUCCAAAGCCGUCACCUCCGCACUCACCCUCUCACCCUUUUCAACCCCCCUCCAACACCGUCAAAUCAGAACCAUGGCCGCCGCCACCACUUUCUACGACUUUGAGCCCGUCGACAAGAAGGGCGAGACUUUCCCUCUCACCUCCCUCCAGGGCAAGGUCGUUCUCGUCGUGAACACCGCGUCCAAGUGCGGCUUCACCCCGCAGUUCGAGGGCCUCGAAAAGCUCUACCAGACCUUGAAGGAGCGCUACCCCGAACAAUUCACCAUCCUCGGAUUCCCCUGCAACCAGUUCGGCAGCCAAGACCCCGGCUCCAACGAUGACAUCCAAUCCUUUUGCCAGCUCAACUAUGGCGUGACAUUCCCCGUACUCGGCAAGCUCGAUGUUAAUGGCAACGAGGCCGCCCCCAUUUUCAGUUGGUUGAAGGAGCAGCAGCCUGGCCUUAUGGGCUACAAGCCCGUCAAGUGGAACUUUGAGAAGUUCCUGGUUUCUGCCGACGGAAAGGUCGUCGGUCGCUGGAGCAGUCUCACCAAGCCCGAGUCUCUGCAAGACCCUAUCGAGAAGGAGAUCGCGAAGGCUAAGGCGGCUGGCACUCUUGCCUCAGGAGAGCAGGCCAAGUUGUCCUAG